CUGCUCCGAAACCUAAACAAACAAAGCGACGGAAACUUCUUUAAAAGUCCCUCUCGUCUCGACUCUCCCACCAAACCAGACCAGACCACCUCAAAACAACGAGAGACAACUUGUGAUUUAGGAUUCUUUUUCGCAUAGAGAGUUUUGUAGACACAGCGAGGGAGCCAUGGAUUUCGAGCUUAGGAGAGCCAGGGAGAAGUUGGAGAAGGAGCAGAAGGAGAGGAAGGAGAAGGCUAAGUUGAAACUGAAUAGAGAAAGGAAGGCUAAGGAGGAAGCUAAGAGCCAAAGAGAAGCCAUUGAAGCUGCUCAGAGAUCGAGGCGCCUUGAUGCAGCCGAGGCCCAACUCAAGGCUGAUCAACAAAUGCAAGAAAAUGCACUUGCUGGAAGAGGAAUCAUGUUUUACCGUGUAUUGGAAGCUGUACCAUAUCUGGGUAUUGGAGAUAAGAUCAAACUGCCUCCAUCCUGCUUCACUGAAUUGUCUGAUCAAGGUGCUUUUGAUAAGGGACCAAUGUACUUCCAUUUGUCAGUAGUUCAUCAGGAGGUUUCUUCAGACACACAUGCCACUGAUGAUGAAAAUCUUCGGAACACCCAUUCAGGCGUUUUGGAGUUCACUGCAGAUGAGGGUUCUGUUGCACUACCUCCUCAUGUAUGGCACAAUUUAUUUCCAGGAGAAACUCAAAAAACUUCAUUGAUUGAAGUUCGGUAUGUCUGGCUGCCAAAAGGAACUUACGCAAAACUUCAACCUGAGAGGAUAGGUUUUUCAGAUUUACCAAAUCACAAGGCUAUCCUUGAAACAGGCCUUCGCCAGCAUGCUACCCUUUCUCAAGGUGACAUAUUGACAGUCAAUUAUGGGGAGCUAGCGUAUAAGCUACAGGUCCUUGAGUUAAAACCCUCGUCAAGCAUAUCUGUUCUAGAAACAGAUAUUGAAGUCGAUAUUGUUGGUCCUGAUUCAGCUUCUGAGAGAACAGAUCAGCAUGUCCUCAACCCACUUGUACUUGGAAAUUCUGAAUCUGGAAUCGUUGGCGAAGGCAAUUAUAUGUACUACAAGUUCUCAAUAGACAAUGAUACGUUGGGGAGAAUUGCUACGGGAGAUGCCAGAAUUGAGGUAAAGAUAGAAGCAGAAACAGAUGGUGGAGAUACUGAUCUUUACAUUUCCAGGCAUCCUCUCAUAUUCCCAACUCGGCACCAGCAUGAGUGGUCUUCCCAUGAUAUCGGUUCGAAGACCUUGAUUCUUAGCUCUAGAGAUGAGAAGUUGGGGGCAGGUACUUAUAGUGUUGGCGUAUAUGGCUUCAAAGGAACAAGUAAAUUCAAUAUUUCAGCGAGUGUUCAGGAUGACUACAAGCGGAAGGUGGGUCAGCAGGCUGUGUCUUCCUCAUCUCCUAUGGAGAUGGAUACUGUAGAGUGUAGGAAUUGCAAGCAUUAUAUUCCCAGUCGGACUAUUGCACUUCAUGAAGCCUAUUGCAGCAGACACAACAUUGUUUGUCGCCAUGCUGGUUGUGGAGUUGUUCUUAGGGUUGAGGAGGCCAAGAACCAUGUGCACUGUGACAAAUGUGGGCAAGCUUUUCAGCAGGGAGAGAUGGAGAAGCAUAUGAAAGUGUUCCAUGAGCCACUUCACUGUGCAUGUGGAAUAGUCCUUGAGAAAGAACAGAUGGUGGAACACCAAACUUCCGGUUGCCCUCUUCGCCUAAUCAGUUGCCGGUUUUGUGGAGACAUGGUUCAAGCUGGAAAUUCUGCUGUGGAUGUUCGGGACAGACUAAGAGGAUUAUCUGAGCAUGAAAGUAUUUGUGGCUCGAGGACUGCCCCAUGUGAUUCAUGCGGGCGUUCAGUCAUGCUGAAGGACAUGGACAUCCACCAGAUUGCUGUUCAUCAAAAGAGCUAAGGCAAAGUAUGACUUCCCAGUUUCAAUACACAUAGAUAGGGCGGGUUUGCUUGGUUGCAAUGGAAUCCAUGUACAAGCAGAUACCUCAUUCCUGCAAAAAAAAAGGGGGGGGGGGGGGGGGGGAGAAAGGAGUGGUAAAUCUUGGUGUAUUGAGAGCAAUGAGCAGCUUCGAAUACCUUUCGACUGUUUGUGAAUGUGAAUAAGACAAUGUAGAAAUUAUUGAUUCUGAGAACUGCAAUUGUGAUUCUGAUUAAUAUUACGAAUUAAGAUAUUCCAGUCUGGAUUAA